AGAUGGAGGCAGAUUCGUCUCUCCUGAGCUCGGAAAUGGAACUGCAGCAGCAAGAGGAGCUCUACCAACAGCUUUUGCUACAGGUGUAUGUAAACUUCCAGACUUCAACUGUAAGUAUUCAACCCUCUGAAUCAAUACACGUUUGAAUCACCUUCAGCAGCGAUUACAGCAUUGAGUCUUUCUGGGUAAGUCUUUUAAUAGCCACGCACACCUGGAUUGUACAAUAUUUGCACAUUAGUCUAAAAAUUCUUCAAGCUCUGUGAAGUUGGUUGUUGAUAAUUGCUAGACAGCAAUUUAAGUCUUUCCAUAGAUUUAAUUCAAAACUAACCAGGCCACUCAGGAACAUUCAAUGUCAUCUUUGUAAGCAACUCCGGUGUAUAUUUGUCCUUCUGUUUUAGGUUAUUUUAAUAAAAAUAUAUUCUCCUGCUGAAAGGUGAAUUCUGUUGGAAAGCAGACUGAAGGUUUUCCUCUAGUAUUUAGCCGGUGCUUAGUUCUAUUCCGUUUCUUUUUAUCUUAAAAAAACUCCAUACUCCUUGCCGAUGACAAGCAUACCCAUAACACAUUUUUAUUCUGUACAGGCUUCCUUCUUUUCAUUGUCAUUUAGGUUAGUAUCAACGUUGUUGAUCCAUCCCCAGUUGUCUCCAAUCACAGCCAUUCAACUCUGUAACUGUUUUAUAGUCACCAUUGGCCUUAUGGUGAAAUCCCUGAGUGGUUUCCUUCCCCCCCGGCAACUGAGUUAGAAAGGAUGCCUGUAUCUUUGUAGUGACUGGGUGUAGUGAUACACCAUCCAAAGUGUUAUUAAUAUCUUCACGAUGCUCAAAGGCAUAUUCAAUAUUUUUUUCUAUUUUUUUUUCUUGUUUUUACCCAUCUACCAAUAGGUGCCCUUCUUUGCUAUGCAUUGGAUUGAAUCUCUGUUUGAAAUGCACUGCUCAACUGAGGGACCUUACAGAUAAUUGUGUGUGGGGUACAGAGAUGAGACAAUGGGAAAAAUGCAAAGUGAAAAUCCUCGUGAUUCUAGAGUCAUUCGGCCACAGCCUGGUCUGUGUGUGAAGACUUUCACCUUGCCUGAUAAACGGAAGGUAUUUGUCAACAUCUGUCAGUCUGCUGCUGUCCCGCCCCCGCCCCCCCUCUCCAAGGAGGCACUAGUGGAGCUCCUCGAAUCAGAAGACCCCACAGGAUACAGAGUACCCAUGAGCAUCGGAGAGGCCCACACAGAGGUGGACAACAACUCCCAAGGCUGCACAGCCUACGACGUGGUCAUCAGUGAAGAGUUCUUCCAGAAAUGCCAGAAGGAUCCUCUAUUCCAGCAGUUUCUGAUCGCUGUGUCAUUAGAGGGGCUGGAGAACAAAUACAACCUGGAGCUCAGCCGAGACUGGAAGGUUCUGAAGAACAGGAAGUUUCUGGGCUCUGUGAACGAACAGAAUAUUCGCACCAAGAGCAAACCUGUGAUUCAGGAAAUAGACCCCAAGGAUACUCGCCCAGCACCAGAACCAGCCAAACGGCCAGAGUUCUGUCUGCUGGUGGCGCCCCCUGUAGGUGAUCCAGAGUUUCUGAUAGCAGAGAUACAGCUUCCUGGAGUGGCCUCCUCUCUCUCCCUCGUUCUGGACCUUGGGGAGGACAGGCUUGUCCUGAAUGUCCGGCCCUCCCUCUUUCAUCUGGACUGUUUCAUUCCCUUCUUCAUUGACCAGGAGGACAGCGUAGCACAGUACAACACCAACACACAGAUUCUCACGGUGACAAUGCCGGUGGUGUCUUCGUGAAGACGCUGAAUGUCAGAUAUCUAUCCGUUUUUGUUGUGUAUGAAAAUAAACCUGUUAUUUUUAA